UCCCCUGAGUGGGUAAUAAUAUAUUUUCGCUUCCAUAUUUAGAAGAUGAGGGAAGUAACAUUAUGGGCAUUUGUCAUCCCAACACUACUAUUAUUAUUAUGCAUUAUAUUUGUUUUAAAUAAGAAGUUCAAGUUAAAAAGAAGGCAUUUCCAGUUACCUCCUGGCAGAAGAGGAUGGCCAUUUGUUGGUGACAGCUUCAACUGGUAUAAAGCUGUUGCAGGUUCUUAUCCUCCUCAAUUUGUUCAUCAACAGGCCAACAGGUAUGGGAAAAUAUUUUCAUGCAGUUUAUUUGGAAAAUGGGUAGUGGUAUCAACAGACCCAACAUUCAACAGAUUUGUGAUGCAAAAUGAGGGGAAAUUGUUCAAAUCUAAUUAUCCAAAGUCAUUCAGAGAUUUGGUAGGAAAAAAUGGUGUGAUUACAGUGCAAGGAGAGAAACAAAGGAAGUUUCAUGGAAUUGCUUCUAAUCUGAUGCGUAUUGAUAAGCUCAAAUUUCAUUUCUUGAAUGAUAUUCAAUUGGUUAUGCUUCAAACUUUUAAUAACUUCCGCAACAAUCAAGUCAUUCUCCUCCAAGAUGUUUGCAGAAAGGUGGCGAUCAAUUUAAUGGUGAAUCAAUUGUUAGGAGUAUCAAGCGAGUCAGAAAUUAAUGAGAUGGCUCAAUUGUUCUCCGACUUUGUUGAUGGCUGUUUAUCUCUUCCGAUCAAUCUCCCUGGUUGCACUUAUUAUACAGCAAUGAAGGCAAGGGAAAAAAUUAUAAGUAAGAUAAAGAGGACAAUAGAGGAUCAUAGAGGGAGCGCAUAUGAAGGCAAUGAUGUGCUAGGAAGGCUAUUAAAUGAAGAAAAUUUGGAUGAUGAAGCCAUAGCAGAUUUUGUUAUAAAUCUUCUAUUUGCUGGAAAUGAAACUACUGCUAAAACAAUGCUUCUUGCAGUUUAUUUCCUCACUCAAUGUCCAAAAGCAAUGCAGCAACUACUGAAUGAACAUGAUAGUCUAAGGAAAAACCGUGGAGAUAAAUUACUUACUUGGCAACAUUAUAAAGCAAUGCCUUUCACUCAAUGUGUCAUUGACGAAACACUUCGAAUUGGGGGAAUUGCAAUAUGGUUAAUGAGGGAGGCAAAAGAAGAUGUAUACUACCAAGAAUACAUAAUCCCAAAAGGAAGCCCUGUAAUCCCAUUUCUUUCAGCAGUUCAUCUGGAUGAAAAUAUAUACAAAGGAGCUCUAACUUUCAACCCAUGGAGAUGGAUGGACCCAGAAUAUCAGGAAAACAGAAACUGGAGAAGCAGUCCUGUGUAUUCUCCAUUCGGAGGAGGUGCCAGGUUUUGUCCAGGAGCAGAGCUAGCUCGCCUGCAAAUUGCACUCUUUCUCCACUACUUUGUCACUAAAUACAGGUGGACUCAACUUAAGGCUGAUCAGCUGUCAUUCUUCCCCUCUGCUCGUUUAGUGAAUGGGUUUCAGAUCCGCUUAAUUACCAGAGAUGAUCAACAGAAUGAAACUAGUUUUUAACUCUUCCUUUUUUUUUUUUUUUUUUUAAAGUAUUACAUUACUGGUCUUAUUCCUUCUUCGAAUUAUAUGUAAAUAGUCAUCAAAGGAGGAAAAGUUGUCUUCUUAAUUAAAGCAAACUUCAAAAUAUUUACAUUACAUAAAGUUGUUAAAAGCUUAGAAGUUUA